UCAUUGCACCCCUUGAGCGGCUUGUCCUCUAGCCAAAACCCAGUCGUCUUAGUGACACACCGUGGAGGACACAAUGUGCAUGCCAUUGGCUGUGGUCAUCCCCUUGUUAUUCAGCCCUUUGGUGUGGAGUGGAUACCUGGAAUUUGACCAAAAUGUCUUGGUUCCCGAGGACUGGACUCGUGUUGGGCGACUUCGACCAACCGAGAAGCUUGAGCUGACCUUUGCGCUCGUGCAGCAGAACGUUGACGUGUUGGAGGAGACACUCAAAGUGGUUUCUGACCCAGACUCGCCACAGUAUGGUAAAUACCUCCAACUCGAGGAGGUGGCUUCCCUUGUGCACCCCUCCGACGCGUCCCAAAAAGUGGUGCGCAGCUGGCUGCAGAGUUAUGGUGUCACAAACUGCUUGACAGUUCACACCCAGGACUUCUUGCAGUGCACUUUGACUGCAGAGGUUGCAGAGACUCUGCUCCCAGGCAGCAGGUUCCAUCGUUACGUCCGAGACGGUCAGUCCAUCGUGAGGUCCUCUGCUCCUUACUCUGUUCCCAGUGAUGUUGCACAGCACCUUGAUUUUGUGGGAGGGCUUCACCGCUUCCCUCCUAAAGGACAAAAGCCCAGUAUAGCCUCAUCCAACUCAAAAGAGCUGCAGCGUAGCGAAUCGUUUCACUUGGGAGUGACUCCUGCCGUUUUAAGAGCCCGUUAUAAUAUGACUGCAACUGAUGUGGGAUCAGCUCAGAACAACAGCCAGGCUGUAGCACAGUUCUUGGAGCAGUACUACAGCCCUGCGGACCUGGCGGAGUUCAUGAGCCUUUUUGGCGGCGGCUUCCAGCACCUAUCCAAGGUGGACCGAGUUGUAGGGACGCAGGGCACUGGAAAGGCCGGUAUAGAGGCAAGUCUGGACGUGGAGUACAUCAUGAGCACGGGGGCCAACAUCCCCACGUGGGUCUUCACUAAUCCAGGUCGUCACGAGUCCCAGGAGCCGUUCCUCCAGUGGGUGGUCCUUGUCAGCAACAUGUCUGACCUGCCUCGGGUCCACACGAUCAGCUACGGCGACGAUGAGGACAGUCUGUCCACCGCCUACAUGCAGCGCAUUAACACCGAGUUUAUGAAGGCCGGCGUCAGGGGGCUCUCGCUACUCUUUGCUUCUGGUGACAGUGGUGCUGGCUGUUGGCACAUGGGCAAACAGCAAAACUCCUUCAGGCCCAGUUUUCCCGCCUCAAGCCCUUACGUGACCACGGUCGGUGGAACAUCGUUCAAGAACCCUUUCAAAUUGACUUAUGAAGUAACAGAUUACAUCAGUGGAGGGGGGUUCAGUAAUGUCUUUAAGAUGCCUGACUACCAGGCCAGUGCCGUGGCCGGAUACCUGAAGACUGUUGCGGCUACCCUCCCUCCCAAGUCGUACUUCAACGUCAGCGGGAGAGCAUAUCCGGACAUGGCGGCGCUGUCGGAUAAUUACUGGGUGGUCGUCAAUAGAGUGCCCAUGCCUUGGGUUUCUGGAACAUCGGCGUCAACCCCGGUUGUUGGAGGGAUCCUUUCUCUAAUCAAUGAUAAACGUCUAACGAAGGGCCUUCCUGUCCUCGGCUUCCUCAACCCUCGCCUCUACAAGCUCAAAGGACAGGGCCUCUUUGAUGUGACUGAAGGGUGUCACCUGGGCUGCUUUGAUGAGCAGGUCCAGGGUCAGGGAUUCUGUGCUGCACCAUCGUGGGACCCGGUGACAGGGUGGGGAACUCCGAACUACCCCGCACUACUGACUGCCCUCCUAGCCUAGUGGAAAUCAAGUCAGUCUCUGCUCUUUAGGACAGGUACCAAAUAUUUAACUGGGAUUUUAUUCAGUAAUUAUUUUAAGGUUGUAUCAUUAACUUACUCAGGUCUGCAGGGAGGUUUGAAAGGGUAUGUUAGUUUACCUAAUCUGCAAAUCCUUUGUUCCUCCCAUGUCCAAUUGGAAAUUAUUUUUUUGUUUGUUUUUUUAAUCUAACACAAAAACAUUUUCAGCUUCAAUUUUAGGCCUCUGAUCAAAAUGGAAAAUGAAUGAUACACACACAGAUUUUGUGUUCCAUCUUCACAUCCUUGCAGCUGACCCAGUGUGUGAACACUUAAGAGGUUACUAUGCACACAUACAAACUAGCCGACACACUCUUGUUUUUACCAUAUAACGGAUGCAAAAAUCUUUUUCAUUUUUGCACACUAAAAAUCUGUCGUCUGAUCCGGUAAAGACUGGAUUUUAAGUGGGCUGUUAAGAUAAUGCACUGAAAUAAUGUUUAAAGAUGUGUUUUUUUUUAAGUGCCAAUCCCAAACUGAAAAUCAAGUGCUCUUUGUGAUGUCGUAAGUAAGAUUUUGUGAAUGUUCCAAAUUAGUUUGUGCCAAAUGCUUGCUGUGCUGAAGGAAAUGCAAAUGAAACUGAGCUGCUGUGCAGUCAUUUUUUGUUAAUUGCUGUAACUAAUAAACAGUAUUUGC